AUGGAGCAUGCCAUGGAGCCGGAGAUGGUUCUGAUUCGGCUUCCUGAGGGGGAAUUGUAUGAGAAAUUAGUACGGAUCGCCGAUCGCUUUUCCCAAAAUCCUGAUGCCUCAGUGUUGAAGAGAAAAGCCCCGCCGACUGUCUUUAAAUUUGGUAUCACGAUUGGAGAUGAUUCUCUGUUGAAGGCCCAGCGCAAGGUCAAGGGCACUGCGGCCCAAGACUUGUGCAUGCAAAUGAUCCAGGCCCUGGAUGAACAUGAGGUCUUGGGACAUUCUCGGCGCAUUCUCCGGCCUCGCAGAAAGCUCAGCCGACCAGGUCAGUCGACUGCAAAUACCCACGAUAAUGAGAUGACAUCAGAUGAAGAAUCUAUCCCCAACCGACGAGAUCGCCGCGUGAGGGGACGCAACUCUUCGGCUGAUAAGAAAGCAUAA